GCUUGUUGAAGCUUGUUGGCACCUGUCAGGCCACUGCAAGUGAAGGGGUAAGAACGCACGUGGACUUCCUUCCGGGACUGGACAGUGUCUGACCAACCCUCCAAUCCCUGCCAGAAACCUUUCUGGCUAUAUACACUUUAACAACAACUUUUCCCUUAUCAUGACUUCAACAAGGACCAAAGUUGGCCAUGGCCUUGCCAAAGUCUUAGGCAUCGACCUACACUACCGCAACGAAACUGGCUCCGAGCGUGUCACUCGAGGAGAAUCAGUCUUCUCGGUCUCAUCUGCAGAUACAUAUGUCGAACAAGAGCCUACCACCCUAGAAUGGCUUCAGGAUAUUACUCCCUCCGGCCAUGACGUCGCGCAGUACUUCAUCCGGCUGUUCCCCUUCCUUCAAUGGAUCACUCGCUACAACGCCCAAUGGCUCAUCGGAGAUCUUGUCGCGGGUAUCACCGUUGGUGCCGUCGUCGUGCCACAGAGCAUGGCCUAUGCAAAGCUCGCCCAACUUCCCGUUGAGUUCGGGCUCUACUCAUCAUUCAUGGGAGUUCUGAUUUACUGGUUCUUCGCCACGUCCAAAGACAUUACCAUUGGCCCCGUCGCGGUUCUAUCAACUGUCACCGGAAAUGUUGUCAUUGAAGCGUCCAAGAAACUCCCGGGCGUCUCGAAGGAUAUCAUCGCUUCAGCCCUAGCCAUCAUUGCUGGCUCUAUCGUACUCUUUCUCGGCCUGGCACGACUUGGGUGGAUUGUAGAAUUCAUCACACUGGCAGCCAUCAGUGCAUUCAUGACUGGGUCUGCCCUCAAUAUCGCCGUGGGUCAAGUGCCGACGCUUAUGGGCAUCACUGGUUUCUCGACUCGUGAAUCCACUUACAAGGUAGUCAUAAACAUCUUGAAGCACCUUGGGCGAUCGAACAUGAAUGCCGCUGUUGGACUCACGGCCCUAUUCUUGCUGUACCUCAUCCGCAUGACAUGCAACUUCCUGGCCAAGAGAUACCCGAACAGGAGGAAGAUGUUCUUUUUUAUCAGCACUCUACGAACUGCUUUCGUUAUCUUGCUCUAUGUCUUGAUCAGCUACUUGGCUAAUAGGCAUCAUCGGAAGCAUCCCAAGUUCAGCAUUCUUGGCAGCGUCCCGCGAGGUUUCAAACAUGCCCGAGCUCCCCCAAUCACCACAAAUAUACUCUCAGCCUUUGCUUCUGAGCUACCCUCAACUGUCAUUGUCCUUUUAAUUGAACACAUAUCAAUUUCGAAGUCCUUUGGAAGAGUCAACAACUAUACCAUUGAUCCUUCUCAAGAAUUGGUCGCUAUUGGCGUUACCAACGUUUUGGGGCCGAUGCUUGGCGCUUACCCCGCCACUGGGUCCUUCUCCAGAACCGCUAUCAAGUCAAAGGCUGGUGUGCGGACUCCAUUUGCAGGUGUCAUUACAGCUAUCGUGGUUUUGCUCGCCAUCUAUGCUCUUCCAGCUAUGUUCUUCUACAUUCCAAACGCUGCCCUUGCCGCCGUCAUUAUACAUGCUGUCGGAGACCUGAUUACACCACCAAAUACUGUGUACCAAUUUUGGAGGAUAUCGCCUCUAGAAGUGCCUAUUUUCUUUGCUGGGGUGUUUGUAACAGUCUUCAGCAGCAUUGAGAACGGAAUCUACACGACUGUCUCAGCUUCGGCAGCCAUGUUCUUAUUCCGCGCUUUUAAAGCCAAGGGUCGCUUCCUAGGAAGAGCUAAAAUCCACUCCGUUAUUGGGGAUCAUCUCCUUAAUCCCACGAACGAUACCAAAGAGGGUGGUGGGAUCACUACGCGAAAGUCUCCAUCUGAAGGAGAAGACUCGGUCAGGAAUGUCUUCUUGCCAAUCGGCCAUCAUGAUGGUUCCAAUCCGCAAAUUGAUCUGGAGGAUCCAUACCCCGGCAUUUUCAUCUAUCGAUUUUCUGAGGGCUUCAACUAUCCAAAUGCGAACCAAUAUCUUGAUCAAUUGGUCGACACCAUCUUUAAGAAGACUCGCCGCACGAACCCUGCUACAUAUGGCAAACCUGGAGAUCGGCCAUGGAACGACCCCGGCCCACGCCGCGGCAAGGAAGUUGACCCAACUGAUCACCGUCCUACAUUGAAAGCUGUCAUUCUCGACUUCUCUUCAGUCAACAAUGUCGACAUCACCUCAGUCCAGAAUCUCAUUGACGUCCGCAACCAACUCGAUCGGUAUGCGGCUCCCGAUACCGUGGACUGGCACUUCUGCUGCAUCAACAACCGAUGGACAAAGCGUGCGCUUGCGGCCGCCGGCUUCGGAUACUACUCCCCAGAUCCACUUGACUCGGGUGUCCAUAGAUGGAAACCUAUCUUUAGCGUGGCCGAGAUUGGUGGUAGCAACAGCGCCGCAGCCGCAGCGGAGGCCAGGGAGAACAAAAGGGCCCUGCAUGAGGCUGCCAAACGCCGUGGAUCUAGUACUGCAGAUGAUAUUGAGGAAGGCGUUUCGACGCCUAGCUCCGAGAGCGAUUCACUCGACAAGCAGAUCAGUACAUCAAAGGCGUAUGGCACCAUUGGGCAGAGGCCGGCUAGGGUUGCGGUUGUACAGGGCUUAAACAGACCUUUAUUCCAUGUCGAUAUCACAGCGGCUCUGAACAGUGCGUUGGCGAAUGUGCAGAGGAAGUCACACUGAGACGAUUAAGUAAUAGGAAGUAAUGAUGGCCGCGGAGGAGUUUGUGGGUAAAUGGAUUUCGGAUUAGAUAGAUGAUACCGG